ACUGGCUUUGUAAACACAGAGAUAUGGCUGACGAGGGAGGCGGAGGAGACAACGUUAACAACAACAUGGGGAACCAUCUGCAGCUGUUACCAGACAAUGAGGAAGAAGAGGAAAAUGAUAUGGAGACUGAGGACCGAGACAGUGACGAGGCGGAAAAACCCAGCACCAUCACCUUUGACCCCAGUCUUCCCACGUCUCAUGCUUACCUGGGUUCAGACAUGGAGGAGUUUCACGGCCGCACGGUGCAUGAUGAUGACAGCUGCCAGACCAUCCCUGUGCUCCCUCACACAACCGUGAUGCUGGUACCGGGUCAGACGCUGCCCCUGCAGCUCUUCAGGCCGCAGGAGGUCAGCAUGAUGCGCAGCGUCAUCCAGAAAGACAGAACCUUUGCCGUGCUGGCGCACAGUGAUGCGAGCGAGCCGGCGGCGGAGUUUGGAACAACGGCUGAAAUAUAUGCAUACCGAGAGGAGCAGGAGUACGGCAUCGAAACUGUGAAAGUGAAAGCUGUUGGCAGGCAGAGAUUUAAGGUCCAUGAGAUCAGAACUCAAGCAGACGGAAUCAGACAGGCCAAAGUGCAGAUCCUGCCCGAACGGAUCCUUCCAGACCCGCUCUCUGCUGUGCAGCUGUCGCCCCUUUCAAGGCUCCACACGUCCCCCUCCUCCAAACUCAGAGCUCAGAGCUGUAAACAGGCCCAGCGCUGGUUGAGCCAGCAGAGGAAGUUUCACUGUGCCAGCCUGACUCCAUGGCCUCCCUGGGUCUACUCUCUCUACGACUCUGAGUCGCUCAUGAACAGAGUGAAGAAGCAGCUCCACGAAUGGGACGAGAACCUGAAGGAUGACUCGCUCCCAACAAACGCCGUAGACUUCUCCUACAGGGUGGCGGCCUGUCUCCCCAUAGACGACGCUCUGCGACUCCAGCUGCUCAAGAUCGGCAGCGCCAUCCAGAGACUCCGCUGCGAGCUGGACAUCAUGGACCGGUGUACGUCGUUGUGCUGUAAGCAGUGUCAAGACACAGAAAUUACAACAAAGAACGAGAUCUUCAGCUUGUCGUUGUACGGCCCCAUGGCGGCAUACGUCAACCCUCACGGCUACGUUCAUGAGACGCUGACUGUCUACAAAGCCAGCAACCUGAACCUGGUCGGCAGGCCCUCCACUCUGCACAGCUGGUUUCCAGGGUACGCCUGGACCAUCGCUCAGUGCCGGACCUGCGGCUCUCACAUGGGCUGGAAGUUCACAGCCACCAAGAAGGACUUGUCUCCACCUCGCUUUUGGGGUUUGACCCGCUCGGCCAUGCUGCCCCGCAUCCCGGAGGGGCAGGACGAGGACGACGACAAAGGGUCUCGCCUCUUCUCCUUGUGACUUCAGACCAUCCGUUCCUCCUCCUCUUCAAAAAUCGCCUCCCUUCGCUCCGCUCUCCUGUCAGUGUCAAACUGCAAAUACUUUGUAACUUAAUAGUCGUCAGUGCAUCGUAACAGCAGAAAACCCAUCGCAGUAGAAGGGGGGGGUCGUUGAACGGCACUUUUCAGGGUCGAUUUCAGGAGGCUGGAUGGAGUCAUGAGAGGGAGACGAAGAGCGACUGCCUGAACAGACUGGGAACUUGUUCAACAUCCCUGCAUGCAGCAGCUGCACAUCAAGCUGUUUUCUCUCUGUACGAAGCAAUAUGGCUGAAGGUUCACUCACCCACACACACAAAUAAACACAAAACGGUCGCUUCAUGCUUUACGAUCUCUGCUGUUCCCUUCCUGCAUUGCAGAGUCUCGUCUCCAUGCAGCUGGCACCGCGAUAGCAGCCACUUUGUUUAGUGAACUUGUCGUAAUUUCAGCUGUGCGUCUGAGAUGUUUUAUCUGUCAUAGAGCAGCGAGGUUCGGCUCAGUGAAUUACAAUAUAUUUGAACAGUGAAUCUGUUUCAGUCAUUCACUUAUUAUUCAUUACACACUGCGUUAUAUUUCAAGUGUUUAUUUCUGUAAAUGUUGAUGGAUUUAAUUAGCAGCUAUUACAACACUAAGUUCUUCAGAAAAUUAAAGUGUGGUGGAAAUUGAUUUUUAAUGCAGAAAUGUCACUGCAGUGAAAAGUCAGGGCUCCUUUUGUAUGAAUUACUGAAUUAGUGCACCAUAAUGCGGAGGUCCUGGAUCUGCUGGAGGCUCGGGUUGGCUGGGGGAGAAGUAAUGACUCGGUUACACAUAUCCUUUUUUUUGAGCAGAUAAGACAUUUCUGAUGUUGCCUAUGGUUCAGUACAAAGAGUAAAUUCCAGUUGAUUUGUGCACUUUUUCACAGUUCUUCCUUCCACCUAACUUUCCAUUGAGAGGCUUGGAUACAUUGCGAUAUGAUCAGUCAGACACUGUUUUUUUAUUCUCUAUGAUUGUGGAAAUCUAUGUAGUGACCAUAAGAUAUCUGUUUUCUUUUUUUUUUCCUUGACUGUAUGUAAUAUUUACGUUUUCUGAUUAUUAUUUUCUUAAACUGAAAGUCACAACCAUCAAAAUGAAAAGAAAUAAACACUUUAAAUAUA